AUGGGCCGGUGCAACGAUAUCAUAAAAGAAUACAUGAAAAAUUCAUCAUUACAUGGUGUUAAAUUUCUCAUCGACGAAGAAAUUUCGUUUUUUGAACGAGUUUUUUGGUUAUUUGCCAUCAUUUUGUCGUGGAUUGGAUCCGCUUUUCUAAUUAUGUCCGCUUUGGAUGCAUUCCAUAACAAUGCCAUCAGUUUUGUGGUUGAGAGUUCGUAUCGUGAUUGGACCACCAAUUUUCCAUCGGUCGUCGUUUGCGAAUCGAAGAAUAACGAUAAGAUUCAGGAAGUGGCUGAUAAAAUUUGGGGGCCAGAUCAUGAUUUCACCCUUGAAGAAAUAUUAAAUGAACUCACUUUCUUCCGUGGCGAAUCCUAUCAUGCCAUUCGUGAGUGUGGCGAAGACAUUGAAGUUGAUUGCAUUACGUUGAACUUCACCGAUUUGGUGGGCAUGAUUCGAAGUAGUUGCGAUGAGGUGUUUAGCCAAUGUCGUUGGAAUAGCGAAAGUUUUGAUUGCUGCUCUUACUUUUUACCCGUACAAACCGAAGUUGGAGUUUGCUAUGCAUUGAACUCAAUUCAUUCGGAGGCACGGAACGGAAAAAGACAGCGACUUGAUACGUUUUCAAACAAAUACACAGGCCCUGGCAGUCUCUACAUGGAGCUGAAGACCGAAUCGAAUAUUUACACGAUUGGCGAAGAGGAAGUACCGAACCUUGUGACACCCAAAUCGGAAAUUUUAACCGUCGGACCUUAUAUUUCUUAUACUCGUACAAUCUCGGUGAAAAACAUCGAAAACGAUCCGUUGACCCGUGAUGUGAGCGUUGAACAGCGAAAUUGCCGCUACACCGAUGAGAAUAUUCUUGACGUGCACAACUACUAUAGCUUUAGUGCUUGUUCGGUUCAAUGUCGCAAAGAUAAGCAGAUGCGUGUGUGCAAUUGUACAAAUCAUUUGAUGCCGAAUGUGCCGGUUGAACAACAUUGUCAUGUAGAAGGUUUGAGAUGCCUGAACGAUCAUUAUGAAGAUUUGUCGGUAGUGAUUGCAAAGUGGUCAGUAGGCAAGAGAGGAGUCGUAUGUACCCACUGUCUGCCAUCGUGCACGGAAAUUGAUAUUGGUGUUGUUCAUGAUACUCGGGAUAAUAUUUACGGUCAUUCAAGUCCACUUUCAAUGGUAACAAUUGGCUUGGCCAGUUUACCAACCGAACGCUAUAAACGCAAUGUGAUUCGAGGCAAAUUGGAUCUUGUCGUAUCGAUAGGUGGCACAGCUGGACUAUUUGUAGGUGCCAGUCUACUCAGUUUUGUCGAAAUCUUCUACUACUUUAUCGUUCGACCGUGCUAUCACCAUCGCAAGACAACAAAAGCACCACCGAAAAAACAGCACACUACCUUAUUCGACUAUUGCAAUUGAAUUUUCGGCAAAACGGA